AUGACGAGUGGGUAUGAAAUUAAUCUAGUAACUAAAGAAUGCGCUUUUAUGCCUUGCAGCCAAGCAUCGAUUGUCAAAAUAGUUGUUAAAGAGGUUUUGAAGAAGCUGAAGAUAAAACAAAAAUCAGUGACUGAAUAUUUAGUUGGAAUUGAUGAUCGGAUAAAAGAGUUGACAAAUUUUUUAGAUGUCAGUCACAAUGAUGUGCGGCUCAUUGGAAUUUAUGGAAUGGGUGGCAUCGGUAAAACAACUAUUGCCAAGGUUGUCUUUAAUAAAUUAUGUUCCCACUUUGGGAAGUGUUGUAGCUUUCUUGACGGCCUUCGUGAAAGGUCGAAUAAGGAGUGCAUAGUCUUGUUGCAGAAGCAAUUACUAUCUGACAUUGGUGGUUCUGGAACUAUAGGAGAUAUCGACAAUAGUGAAGAAGGAAUGAGGAGGAUUAGAGAAACACUCAGCAAUAAGAAGGUCUCGGUGGUUUUGGAUGACAUUGAUAAGAAAGAGCUCAUUAAUAAUCUAAUAGGAAAUUCCAAAUUAUAUCCAGGAUCUAGGAUAAUCGUUACAACAGGAAACACUUAUGUUCUAGAAGUUGAGGGAUUUAAGGGUGAAACUAAGCAAGUAUGA